CGGUGUUGUGCAUCCCGGUGUUCCCGGUGCCGGCGCCCAUUCCCCGCUCAGCUCGGCUCGCCCAAGGGCAUCGCUGCGGAGCCGCGUCCCGGAGCAUCCCCCGGGCAGGGGCCGCUGACCUUGGCGAGCGCGGCCGCUGCCACGGCGAGUCCCCCCCGGCGGCUCGGUGCUCUCCAACCCCACAGGAGCUGACGAUGGACGUGAAGAGGGUGAAGGACUACCUGUACUGGCUGUACUACCAGUACCAGCUGGUGACGUGCAGCUACGUGCUGGAGCCCUGGGAGCAGUCCAUGUUCCACACCAUCACCGUCACCGUGCUGGCCAUGGUGGUGUACACAGCCUACGUCUUCGUGCCCAUCCACGUCCGCCUGGCCUUGCAAUUCUUCUCGCAGAUUUUCGGGCCCCAGGCCGAGAGCGCCGUGCUGAACUGAGCCGGGCCCAGCAGGGCUCAGCAGCUCUGUGAAAUGCUGAUCCUGCUGAAGUUUGGCUCUUAGGAAAACCCUGCCUGCUUCCCCCACGGGCUUGGAGCAGAGCGAGGCACCCAGCACGGCCCCUCUUCCAUAAACGCUCUGGGAAUGGCACCCAACUCCUGGAAUGGCACAGGAUCCACGCAGCUCCAGCUCCUGGAACAACACAGGAUCCACGCAGCUCCAGGUCCUGGAACAACACAGGAUCCACGCAGCUCCAGCUCCUGGAAUGGCACAGGAUCCACGCAGCUCCAGGUCCUGGAAGGGCACAGGAUCCACGCAACUCCAGGUCCUGGAACAACACAGGAUCCACGCAGCUCCAGCUCCUGGAAUGGCACAGGAUUCACGCAGGUCCAGGUCCUGGAAGGGCACAGGAUCCAUGCAGCUCCAGCUCCUGGAACAACACAGGAUCCACGCAGCUCUAUGUCCUGGAACAACACAGGAUCCACGCAGCUCCAGGUCCUGGAAUGGCACAGGAUCCACGCAGCUCCAGCUCCUGGAAGGGCACAGGAUCCAUGCAGCUCCCACCUCCAGCACCAAACCCCAUUUCCAAUUUCAUUCUUGCUCAGCCAGGCUCUUUCCCAGUGCUGCUUUAGGAUUUGUUGCUUUGAGGGACAAAACAACAAGUUCUGCUGUCCCAAGCUCACUGUGAGCACCAGGCUGGAGGGGUGUGAGGUCUCCAAGCCUCUUUGGUCUGGCAUUUUAGGCAGCACGAGGGUAGAAGAAAAUGGGACAUUGGGAGGUUUUCCAGCAGGGAAAUCUGAUGAAUUCCCUAUGGACUGAUCUGCUUGGAACAUCCUUAAACCCCAAAAUAACAGAAUCCCUCUGUAAAGCCUUGAACACUUUCUUAUCAUUCUAUUUUCUCUAAAUGGAUGCUUUUAGCUUGCAUUUAGAGAUUGUUUCCAAUGCCAAAAAGCACAUUUAACAAUGAACAGUGAAGGCAAACCCUAGUUCCUGUUUAAUUCUUGCUCAGCCGUUCUCUUUUCCAAGUGGAGUCGGGAACAAUGAAUGCAUAAAGGCAUCACCCAAGAGGGAAAUCUUUCCUAGACUUGUAAUUUCCAUUAAAUAUUCUUUUAAUCCAUGAAGUUUUUCAUUUCUUUGGAAACAAGCUGCAUCCAACUGCUCUGGCAGAGGCUGUUUGGUGGUUCCUGACACCCAAAGUUCUUCCAACACGAUCCAGGGGCCAGAUUAGAGGAGAUAAAAAAUGAGGAUCUCCAGCAGGAUUGGAGUGCUCGGGUGUGGCUGGUUGGUGACUUCCAGGCUUCAAUGGAUGGGAGAGGAACUUGGAAGAGAAGGCAACAGGAGGAUGAACUUAAAUCCAUCUUUUUUCACAUCUAAGUUCCUGCAUCUGAGUUUGGAUGGUCUGAAAUAUUUUCUUUUUGGAAAAAUAUUCUACAUCUCCUCUUGCAGUUUAGGAAGAAGCAGCCCUGCUCUGUCUCAGUGCCCUCCUGCCUUCUCUGGUGAAAAUCAAAAUCUUUUCUUGCUGCUCCCACUCACCAAGGCAGCAAAGUGCAAAUCAGCACCAGGGGAAGAGGCUCCAGAGUGGAAACAAUAUUUUAAUACCUGCAGGGAAGGCUUAAAGAGAUUUCCUUCACAAAGAAGAAAUUAGAUUUAUUGCCAUUGCCUGUGGGGAGGUUUUGGAACAGUGGGAGGUUUGUCUGGUUUUCACUCCACACAAAUCAAACGUGGGUGCCAAAUCAUAAAUUACAGCUGCACUCUGCACGUCUCUACCAGCUGAUGCUCCUGUUGGUAGAAGCGAGAGUUCAAAAUGUAAAUAGCUUUCAAAUGAUGUUUGCACAGUUCUAGAUUAAAAAGAAAACCCUCUCAACUUCUUUCUCAAGCUGCAGUGGGCUCCUGCAUGCUUCAGAGCACAAAUUUGUUUGGAAACGAAGACAUGUGGUGAAGGUUGCUCAGAUCUGAACAUGUGUAUGCAGUUUUUUCAGCCAAAAGAAAAAUAAAAUUUUAUUCUUCAGAAACGA